CUCUUUCUUUGUUGGGCUACUUGCUUGCUUCAAAACCUUCAACUUGUCAGUUCUUAGCGGAAACGAGUCGAAAAUCGUUUCGCCUGAACAACACAUCACGCUCACUAGGUUACCAUCUCCUGCAUCCUUGAAUUCUUGUAUCUCCGUUUUGCAUUUCUUGCUGCGAUUCAUUCUCCAUCGAUUGGAGUAAAGACGUUUUUGUUUAUCAAUCGCUAAGCCAGUGCCCUAGCCCUACCAAUUAUAGCGCGUGAAAUCUGAGGAGAAGGGACUCAAGGGAGCCGAUGGAAGAUGGAAAGCAUAAAUCAAGGAGAGAAGAUUCCGAAGUGAAGGAAGAUGAUUCCAAGAGGAGCCACCGUGACAGGGGCGGGGAAAAGGACAAGGAUAGAAGCAAUGGGAAGCAUAGGGAUAGGGAGAAGAGGGACCGUGACCGGGAUAGCAGAAGGCAUGAUAGAGAUCAUAGUAGUGAUGAGUCUGAUGAUAGGUAUGAGAGGGAGAGGGAGAGGGAGAGGGAGAGGGAGAAGGAGAAGGAGAAGGAGAAGCGCAGAGAUAAAGACAAGGAAGAAAGAAGAGCUCGCGAGAAGAAAAGAGAAAGGGAAAGGGAAAGGGAAAAGGAAAGGGAAAAGGAAAGGGAGAGGGAAGAAAAGGAGAGGGAAAGGAGAGAAAGGGCGAGGAUGCCAAGGUGAAGGAGAGAAAACCUACUCAUGAAGAGGAGAUAGAGGAAGAACACAAGAGAUUGGAUGAAGAAAUGGAAAAGAGGAGGAGAAGAGUUCAGGAGUGGCAAGAGCUGAGGAGGAAGAAGGAAGAAGCUGAGAGAGAAAAGCAGGGUGAAGCAAGUGCUAGUGAACCAAAGUUGGGAAAGGCCUGGACCCUUGAAGGGGAAUCUGACGAUGAAGAAGCAACUGGUACAGGGAAGCCAGAUACUGCGAUGGAUGUAGAUGAAGAUGAAAAACCUGUUGAUAAAGAACCUGGGGAUCCUAUGGUGGCAGAUGGUGAUAAUGGGGCAGUUACGUCUGAUUUACAAGAUGGAACUGCUGGUGCUCCUGAGGAUGAGGAAAUUGAUCCAUUGGAUGCCUUCAUGAAUUCUAUGGUUCUACCUGAAGUUGAAAAGCUGAACAACACUGUUUGCUCUUCAAUACCUGAUAAAACUAAUGACAAGAAACUCAAGGAUAGAGGGGAUGAGCAGGGUCGUAGUGGACAGGCAAGGAAAGUUUCCAAUAAUAAAUCGAUUGGAAGAAUAAUUCCUGGUGAAGACUCUGACUCUGAUUAUUCAGAUCUUCAAGUUGACGAUGACGACAUUGAAGAAAAUGAUGAGGAGUUUAUGAAAAGAGUGAAGAAGUCAAAAGCUGAUAAGCUGUCUAUAGUUGACCAUUCAAAGAUUGAUUAUCAACCUUUCAAGAAAAAUUUCUACAUUGAAGUGAAGGAUGUCUCGAGGAUGACUCCUGAAGAAGUUGCUGCAUACCGGAAGGAGCUGGAGUUGAAGAUACAUGGAAAGGAUGUUCCAAAGCCAGUAAAAUCAUGGCAUCAGACUGGACUUACUAGCAAAAUUUUAGAGACAAUAAGAAAGCUUAACUAUGAAAAGCCGAUGCCUAUUCAAGCCCAGGCACUGCCUGUAAUAAUGAGUGGUCGAGACUGCAUUGGUAUUGCUAAAACUGGAUCAGGCAAAACACUUGCUUUUGUUUUGCCUAUGUUGAGGCACAUCAAGGAUCAGCCACCAGUUGUUACUGGAGAUGGACCAAUUGGGCUUAUCAUGGCUCCUACAAGGGAGCUUGUUCAACAGAUUUACAGUGAUAUAAAGAAGUUUGGGAAGGUACUGGGUCUAAGAUGUGUACCUGUGUAUGGAGGUUCUGGUGUUGCUCAACAAAUUAGUGAGUUGAAGCGUGGAGCUGAGAUAGUGGUUUGUACUCCAGGUAGGAUGAUUGACAUACUAUGUACCAGUGGUGGCAAAAUAACUAACCUGCGCAGGGUUACUUAUUUGGUCAUGGAUGAGGCUGAUAGAAUGUUUGACAUGGGGUUUGAACCCCAAAUCACAAGAAUUGUUCAGAAUAUCCGACCAGAUCGUCAAACUGUUCUAUUUUCUGCCACUUUCCCCCGCCAGGUUGAAAUUCUCGCCCGCAAGGUUCUAAAUAAACCUGUUGAAAUACAAGUUGGUGGCAGAAGUGUUGUGAACAAGGACAUAACACAGCUGGUGGAGUUGAGACCAGAAAAAGAAAGAUUUCAUAGGCUAUUAGAGAUAUUGGGUGAAUGGUAUGAGAAAGGAAAGAUUUUGAUUUUUGUCCAGUCACAGGAAAAAUGUGAUGCUUUGUUCAAGGAUUUGCUAAAGUCUGGUUAUCCUUGCUUAUCUCUUCAUGGAGCUAAGGACCAGACAGAUCGUGAAUCCACAAUUGCUGAUUUCAAAAGCAAUGUCUGCAACAUGUUGAUUGCAACUAGUAUUGCUGCCAGGGGACUAGAUGUCAAGGAGCUUGAAUUGGUUAUCAAUUUUGAUGUUCCUAAUCACUAUGAAGAUUAUGUUCAUCGUGUUGGCCGCACUGGCAGAGCAGGCCGAAAGGGUUGCGCUAUUACUUUUAUUUCAGAGGAAGAAGCAAGAUAUGCACCUGAUUUGGCAAAAGCAUUGGAGCUAUCUGAGCAAGUUGUUCCUGAUGACCUGAAGGCACUUGCUGAUGGCUUUAUGGCAAAAGUGAAACAAGGGCUUGAGCAGGCUCAUGGAACUGGUUAUGGAGGCAGUGGCUUUAAAUUUAAUGAAGAAGAAGAUGAGGAGAGGAGAGCAGCGAAGAAAGCUCAAGCCAAGGGAUAUGGGUUUGAAGAGGAUAAAUCAGAUUCGGAAGAUGAAGAUGAAAAUAUUAGGAAGUCGGGAGGUGACAUCUCACAGCUUGCUCAUAUUCUUGCUGCCUCAAAAGGCACUGUCCCUGCUAUACCUAGCCCCAUCUCUCCUGCUCAGCUGAUUUCUAAUGGUGGACUAACUGUUCCGUUGCCAGCUGUUCUUGGUAAUCUCCAAACUACUACAGUUUUGCCUACAGGGCUUCCCCUUACUACAAAUGAUGGGGCAGCUCGGGCAGCAUUAGCUGCUAUUAACCUGCAGCACAACUUAGCUAAGAUACAGUCUGAAGCAUUGCCUGAGCAUUAUGAAGCUGAACUAGAGAUAAAUGAUUUCCCCCAAAGUGCUCGGUGGAAAGUCACACACAAGGAAACUUUGGGUCCAAUUUCUGAGUGGACAGGAGCCGCUAUUACCACCAGGGGACAAUAUUUCCCACCUGGUAAAAUCGCGGGACCUGGGGAACGCAAGCUCUACUUGUUCAUUGAGGGUCCUAGUGAGCAGUCUGUUAAGAGAGCUAAAGCAGAGUUGAAGCGUGUUUUGGAAGACAUCACAAAUCAAGCUUUACAACUUCCUGGUGGAUCUCAACCUGGCAAAUACUCUGUUGUUUAAAGGAUGGGCCUUCUGGGGCUUGCUUACAUCCUCAAUUUUGUCAUUGCCCAUACUUGAUUUGUGGUUUUCAAUGGUGGCAAUCAUGGCACGGCAGCAGCGGUUUCUUUUUUUUUCAUCCAGGUCCUGUUUAAUUUGAAGCAAGGAUCUCAAGACUCUUGUUUUGAUGCGUGUUGUCACUUUGUGCAUGAGUUGUAGGGUCCAUGAUACUAUUAAACUCUAUAUGUUCAUCUAAUUAUAAUGUUAUCUUUCAGGUUCUGGUUACAAGAUACUUUAUCAAAAAGAGAAAAGAUGUGAUGGGGGAAGAUUGAUGCAUUAGCCAUAGUCAUAGUUUGAAUUUCAUCAAAUGUAGAAAACAGGAUACCUUACAAGUUUUCCAUUUAACAGGCAUCUAAACUAUCAUAUUUAUAGGCUCAAUAGCUUUAAUAUUGACAGCUAUUGCUUGUACCUUGUAUGGAAACUAAUGAGUUCAGUUUUUUCUUUCUAGGAUUGGUUGUUAGUGGUCCUUCUUCACUUAAAUGUAGCAUCUGCUACUUGAUAUUCUUAUCUUAUGUUGACCUGUUGUGAUUUAUGCAGGGAAUGUGUGCUUGUUAUAGUUGUUCCGAGUUGUAGAUUGCAACUGGAAUGCUUGAUGAGAAAUAUAUAACACAUAUGGUUUGAAAUAUUGGUUUAGAAUUUAGUUUAUUAAGAAUUUAACUGUAACUGGGGUCUAUGUGCAAGGGCAAGCAGGUGGUCGUGGUCAUACAUGUAUGUAUGGGAAGGUCUGGCAUGCUUUGUUUCUGGAAAGGUUUGAAAACCUCUGUCCUACCAUAAUAUAUAGGUAAAACUGCUGAUUCUCCAAUAAACACUGCCAAACAUUAGGGCACUCAUAACUCAUUCCUCUAGUAUUGAACUCUUUGACCAUGACUACUUAAGAGAAAGUUGCUCAUUGUUGUUAUCUAAUUUAAUUUACUUUUACCUUUUUGCACUGAUGCAUUUUCUGAUAGCUUGAAAAUGGUGAAGCUUUCAUUAUAUUGAAUGGUAGGCCUUUGCAGCUGAAGAACCCGAUGGUGUGAAUAUGGGAUGCUUGAUGAAGAAUAAGCGCCUUGUGCCCAGCUAUUGGCCUGUUUUUUUCUUCUACAUAAGACAUUAUUUGAAUAAGCUAUGCCAUCAAAUGUUCGAUGGUGAUACCAUCUCAAAUUUUAACUCUACGAUACAAGAUUUUUCUUUUGGUAACUACCCCUUCAAAUGAGAAAAUUUUAUUUAACAGAAUGAUUCUAUUAGAUUUUGUACCACUGGAUAUUUUACGUUUUAGGGUUUUAAUAAAGGUGUGAAUGCAGCAA